AUGUUCCAAAAGGGGUGGAUCGACAGUGUAUUUCUGGCCGUCGUUCCCGAUAUCCCUUCCCGUUCGCCGACAGAACGCGGUAAUUUUGAAUACAUCUCGACUGAGGCCCUUGCCGUCUGGGUCCGAGACUCAAUCUUGUCCUCCGGCUUCAUCGCCCGUGUCGGUUCGAACUGCAUCCACGGCACACGCUCCCUGGAUAUUCGAGAACUUUCCUCUAACUCCAUCGACUUCGGUAUGGUUCGUGACUGGGUUGAGUUAUGCGGAACUUCCCAUUCGCGCUUGUGCAAGCCCCGGAAGGGAGCAAUGGUCCCCCAUCUGCGGCUCAUCGAAUGCGCCACUCGCCGGAUUGUCUCUCCUAGUUCAGCUGUUCCAUUUGUGGCCUUGAGCUAUGUAUGGGGCCCUCCGACCCCUGGUUCAGUGUUGACCUCAGACGAAGACUUGGACACGUUGGGUGAUGGCGAGGUCGAGCCGGUAGUUGAAGAUGCGAUUCUCGUAACCAGGAGGCUGGGGUACGCCUAUCUGUGGGUUGACCGAUACUGCAUCGUCAAGAAAGACAAGGCCAUCCGGGCGUUGCAUCUGCGCAGUAUGGGCGACAUAUACGGCAGCUCCGAGAUAACCAUCAUAGCCGCAGCGGGAAACGACUCUUCCUUUGGCCUUCCGGGAGUUCGGGCGGGAAAACCGAGGACUCCGCAGUUUCGAGCGCAAGUGAAAGGACAUGCGCUGACUUCCAUUCCACCUGACCCAGCCAGUACCGUAAGAUCUUCGGUCUGGGCGACCAGAGGCUGGACAUACCAAGAAGGUCUGCUAUCUCGGCGGCGACUCAUCUUCACCGAGCACGAGGUCUCUUACGAGUGCCGAGGUGUUCUACUUCGAGAAGCUGUCCAAGUGCCCGCACGAAUCCACAAGGACUCGUACAAGUACUCGAAUCGCCUUCAGGCUGGGUCGUGGUGCUUUCCGACCCGGGCGACGGACUCGCAUUUUUUGGCUUUGGUCUCUAACUACACCCGGAGGCGCUUGACGUACCAGUCGGACAUUUUGAAUGCAAUGCUCGGAAUAUUCGGUACCUUUUUCAGCAGCGAGAUACACCAUCUUUGCGGCAUUCCCUUGCAGCCACGCGAUGACCCGACUGAUGAAACCUUGGGGACUGUCGCGGAGUCGUUAGUCAACGGGCUGAGGUGGGAUCUCUCAAGUCCUGGUCACCGUCGCCCAGGCUUCCCAAGCUGGUCG